CUGGGCUGAGCACUACAACUCCCAGCAUGUGUUGCAGCCGUCAGUACACAUUGGGGGGUUGGCUCCACAGGUUACACUCGGCAUCACACGUGACUCCGCCCCUUCGGAGGAAUGGGCGGGGCGGAGUGCGGCUGACAGUCCCGGGAAUUAGGGAGGAGACAGCAGCGGAGUAAGCGGAGGAGAGAGAAGCCGGCCCGGGGAGGAUGAGCUGCGGCUGGGGAUGAAGGAGCGCUAUGAAUCUACAUGGGAGGCAGGGCACAGCCGGCGGUGGGGCACAGGGCACUGAGCCGGACUCCGGAGCGGUGAAUCAUGCCAUCUGCAGGAGGAGGGCAGCCCCGGGCAUCCUCGGGCCACACUGCUGUACUGAGGACGCAGCAUGGAAGCGCAGCCCCCCGGAUGAGCAGAGCGCAGCCCCCCGCGGCUCCUCGUCCUCCUCUCUCCUCAUGCUGACGGCCGUGUUCGGGCUGCUGCUCCUGUCACUGAUACACCUGGGGCAGCAGUCUGGGCAGCCUGGAGGGGGCGCUGCAGGGGAGCUGUGUCCGACCGUGCUGCUGCUCCGCUUCGCUGUGUACCUGGGGGGAGCCCUGUGCGCUCUGCUGCUGGGGGCAUUGGGUGCCCUGUACUGUGCUGGCCGCCAGGCUGCCCUCCCGGACUUCACCAGAGCCAGAACCCGCACACAGGUGAGAGCUGCACCCAGCUGGCAUCAUACAGGACGACAGGUGUUCCAUUCGGUGAAUUUGCAUGAACCAGUCCAGCUCAGGAGAGUGGUGAUAUGUCACAGCAUGGAUAAAGCUCUCAAGGAAGUGUUUGACUACAGUUACAGAGACUACAUUCUGUCGUGGUAUGGAGAACUUAGCAGGGACGAAGGUCAGCUCUACCAUCUACUCUCUGAAGACUUUUGGGAGCUGACCAGACAACUACGCUGUCGGCUCACUCACAUUGAUAUUGUGAAGGUGGUGUGCAAUGACGUCGUGAAGAAUCUAUUCUCACACUUCUGUGACCUCAAGGCUGCAAACACUAGACAGGAUGAACAGCCAAGACCUUUUGCUCUUCAUCCCUGCUUAAAAAACACAGAGGAGGAGCUUCGGUUCCUACAGACUUGUGCCCAGGUGCUAGUUCUCUGUUUGAUGCCUACCCGAGAUGCCCAGUCUCGCAGCUUGCGCAUUGUUCUUUCUGAAAUACUUGCCACCAAAGUGCUGAAGCCCUUGGUGGAGCUGCUGAGUGAUCCGGAUUACAUUAAUCAGAUGCUGCUCAGCCAGCUGGAGUACAGGGAACAGGUGAACGAGCGGCACAAGAAGACCUAUACGUAUGCCCCAUCUUAUGAGGAGUUUAUCAAGCUCAUCACCAGCAGCUCUGACAUUGAAUUCCUUAAACAGCUAAGGUAUCAGAUUGUUGUAGAAAUCAUCCAGGCCACUACUAUUGGAAGCUUUCCACAGCUGAAAAGACAAAAAGAUGCAAAAGGCAAAGAGACAGCAGCCAUGAAAGCCGAUCUGCUGAGAGCGCGCAAUAUGAAGAGGUACAUCAAUCAGUUGACUGUUGCCAAAAAGCAGUGCGAGAAAAGGAUCAGGCUCCUUGGUGGUCCGGCGUAUGACCAACUGGAAGAUGGAACUUCAGAUGAUUCAGAUUGCCCCCAAAGUCAAAAGAUCAUCCAGUUUGAUGACAUUUUAGCGAACACAUCAUUCAGAGAUCAUUUUAGAUCAUACAUGGAAAAAAUCGAUAAGAGAGUACUGAUCAGUUUUUGGGAGUCAGUGGAGUACCUGAAAAAUGCAAAUAAGUCUGAAAUACCUCAGUUGGUUGGUGAAAUCUACCAGAACUACUUUGUGGAGAGCAGAGAAAUCCAAGUGGAGAAAGCACUUUACAAAGAGAUCCAGCAAAGUCUUGUUGGCAACAAGGGCAUCGAAGUGUUCAUCAAGAUUCAGGCUGAUGUGUACGAGACUUUGAAAGACAGAUUCUAUCCUUCAUUCAUUGUCAGUGAUUUGUAUGAACAGCUCAUCCGUAGAGAAGACAAGUCCACCUGCUCGAGUUCCUCCGAUGACAAGGAUGAAUCGAUGCAGAUGUGUGAAGGUGGAGAAGGGAUCCUGGAUGAGUGCAGUAGUGGCAUCACAGAGCAGGCGAGCUAUGCUGUCAACAAACUCCGUCAGCUUACUGAGAAACUGGAUUACAAAAGACAGGCCCUCAGCUCUAUUAUUAAUGCCCCUAAGCCUGACAAGAAGAUCAUAUCAAAGUUAAAAGAUGAAAUAGCUUUAAUGGAAAAAGAACAAAGUGAUCUCGAUCUCCAUAUCUCUCGGACAGAUUUGUGGUGUGAGAAUCUUGGUAUGUGGCGAGCACUUAUCAACAUCAGUGAGGUGUCUGAAGAAAAUGGGGAACAAAUGCCAAUGUAUUUUGUAUUAGUCAGUCUGUCGGAGUCUGGAGAAUCGGACAACAAGAACUGGACCGUACUGAGGAGAUUAAGUGAAUUUCAGAAUCUGCACAGAAAACUCUGUGAGUGUUUUCCUUCAUUGAAGAAGGUGCAGUUGCCUUCCCUCAGUAAGCUUCCCUUCAAGUCUAUAGACCAGAAGUUUCUGGAAAAGUCUAAGACCCAGUUAAACAACUUCUUACAGAAGCUGCUUUCUGAUGAACGGCUGUAUCAGAGUGAGGUGCUUUAUGCCUUUUUGAGCCCAUCUCCAGAGCACCUAAAAGUCAUUGAUGUACAGGGCAAAAAAUCUUCCUUCUCACUCUCUUCAUUUUUAGAAAGACUUCCUGGAGAUUUCUUUUCCCACCAAGAGGAUGAAACUGAAGAAGACAGUGACUUAUCUGACUAUGGGGAUGAUGUGGAUGGGAAGAAAGAUGCCUUGGCUGAGCCAUGCUUUAUGCUGAUUGUGGAAAUCUUUGAGCUGCGUGGAAUGUUUAAAUGGGUGAGAAAAACACUGAUAGCAUUAGUACAAAUUACAUUUGGAAGGACCAUAAACAAACAGAUCCGAGACACAGUCAAUUGGAUUUUCAGUGAGCAGAUGCUGGUGUACUAUAUCAAUGUGUUCCGAGAUGCAUUCUGGCCUAAUGGAAGACUGGCUCCUCCAAAAACCUCAAGAACAGAGCUGCAGUGUCAGGAAACAAAACAUAAAGCACAGCAAAAACUACUUGAAAACAUCCCUGAUGCACUUCAGAACCUGGUUGGACAGCAGAAUGCCCGUCAUGGUAUAAUAAAAAUAUUCAAUGCACUCCAAGAACGCCGAGCCAAUAAACAUCUACUAUACGUACUGCUUGAAGUGCUAUUAGUAGAGUUGUGUCCGGAAUUAAGGACUCAUCUAGAACAACUGAAAGCUGGUCCAGUGUGUGACGGCACAAAGUGAACCACUACUUCUAAUGUCUGUGUUACAAUAGACAUAAUAAUACUUUCCUCUUUUCCAGAGGGCCAACUGAGGACUACUUAUUCUCCUGUGUCUUUUGUUCCCUUUAUUUUAUGUGACACUUACAGACACAGGAGGCUGUUGCUAUAGUAAUUGUAGGAGAUAAUGCUGCAUUGAUAUCGGUUUUAUUUAAGAAAUGUUAUUUGGUUACCUUUCUCUGUAGAAUAAGACCCACAAAGUUACUAUACUUUUAAGGGGCACUCCGCUGCUCAGCAUUUGGAACAAACUGUUCCGAACGCUGGUGCUGGGAGCUUGU